AUGCUGUUGUUGUUAACUGUAUGGAUUGGGAUGGUUUUGCAAGCGAAUGCUUUCAUUCAAUUCGCUCCUUUCUUCCAAAGGUUGCAAUGUGUUGGUGCAGUGGGACAACUGACCUGCAAUGGGAGACCAUCUCCCAAUGUGCCAGUAAGACUGAUUGAAGAAGACAGUGGAAUAUUUGAUCGUGAUGAUCUGAUGAGUGAAACACGUACAGAUGGAGCUGGUUUUUUCCGCAUUUAUGGAUGCGAGGAGGAGAUAUUAAAUAUUACUCCUAAACUCAAUAUUUUACAUGAUUGUAAUGACGAAACAACGGUAAUUUUCAUUUGUUGUCUAAUUAUUGUUUCUAAAAUCUGUCAGGCAUUUUUUUUGUUGUAA